CGUGCGACAACGUGCACUACGGAGUUGUCCCUUGCAUUCAUAGGUAAGGACGCAAGGAAAAGACAUUUUUCUCUUCAUUGGCGUACAUAACAUAACACGUUGUGAAAGGCCAUGGCCAACCCUUUAAAAACUGAAGUUAUCAGGCUGUAUAAAAAUCUCCUGUAUCUCGGCCGUGAAUACCCUCAGGGAGCAGCGUACUUCAAACAGCGCCUGAAGUCAGCCUUCAUGAAGAAUAAAGACGUUACCGACCCGGAGAAGAUCAAACAGCUGGUGGCCAGGGGUGAUCAUGUCAUUAAGGAGCUAGAAGCUCUGUAUUUCCUCCGAAAAUAUCGGGCCAUGAAAAAAAGAUACUAUGAACCCGAAAAAUAAUGGCACACGCUGAUAGCUCCAAGUGGUUUUCCUGGAUUACAGUGCAAGCAGUGUACAUGUGGUAAUCGGUUAUUUAUCAGCCUUUCGGAUUCACAAACACACCUUUUAACACCUACCGGGUCCAAAACAAAGAACAGAAUUUCCAACAGCUGCUCCUUUAUUAAACUCAACUAAGGUUGCCUCUGAAAGGGAAAUAAAAUCCUCAUCUCUGGGUGUUGCAAAGCGAUCAUCGCUGUCAUUGAUAUUUUGUACCUAAGGCCACUGUUUCAAUUUCAUAUACUGUUUGUAAGCCCAGAAUAUGUUUUAUGCAUUCUUUGUCCUAUUGUCACAUUUUAGUGUAUUUAAAACAAAUGCUUCACCAGAUGAGUUACCCAGUGUUUACACCAAGGUGUCCAAAUUGUAACAUUGAUAAUUUGUACAAGAGGUUGUGUACUUUUUCUUUUUCUGUUGCAGCUGUUUUUCUGUCUACAGACUGAAGCUUCUUUAAUGUAAUAUGUGAGUUUUAGAAUGUAUUUCAGUGUAUAUAUUUGUAAAUACAUGCUCACGUUUUUUGAGAAAUAAGUGUACAUGGGAAUAGAAUCAUGUGCUGUUACCCAAAAGGCAAACAUAAAUGUUAUAUAGAUGUACAGAUUUCUUAGAGUGGUGUCUCGUGUCAUAAUAAAUCACAAACACAG